UUUUCACAUCUUCGUCGAUGGCAGAAGUGAUGAACAUGCCGGUGGAUGUGGUCGAGCGUCGCAGCAGCCGAGAGCGCAAAGACGAUGACGGCGUCGCCAACGCUAACGCUGAUGGCGAAGACAAUAACAAGUCCACGGGAAACGAAAAUCCCGAUGCAACUUCUCCACCACCACCACCACCGCCUCCUUCACGUCGCCAUGACCGCGAUUCCAGAGAGAGGAGAAAUGAUGACAGGGACCGGGAUGUUGAUCGUCCACCUAAUCGUCGUUCUGAUUACUAUGAACAUCGUAAUCGAUCCCCCCCUGUGCCGUCUCAUAGAGAUUAUAAGCGUCGUGCUGCUAGCCCUAGCUCUCCUCCUCCACCUCCGUAUCGUGACCGCCGUGGUGGGGGUCACUCCCCUCCUCCCCGUAGGUCACCUCCAUUUCCUCCGUUCAAGCGGUCUCGUAGGGAUGACGGGGGCUACGAUGGUCGCCGUGGAAGUCCUCGUGGAGGUUUUGGACCUGGUGAUAGAAGGUUUGGAUAUGAUUAUCCUGGUGGCUAUGAACGUGAUCUGGGUGGCCGACCUGGCUAUCCUGAUGAUAGGCCUCGUGGUAGAUAUGCUGGGCGCCAAUCUGGUGGGUACCAAGGUGGCCCAUCUGGUUUAUCUUCUUCUGCAGACUGGGAACCAGCUCGUGGAAGUUACAAUGAUCAUGCAAGUAUGCAUAGAGAAGGGCUAAUGUCUUAUAAGCAGUUUAUUCAGGAGCUCGAAGAUGAUAUUUUGCCAUCAGAAGCUGAACGAAGGUAUCAGGAAUACAAAUCAGAAUAUAUAACAACUCAGAAACGUGCCUAUUUUGAUGCUCAUAAAGGCGAAGAUUGGUUGAAAGAUAAAUAUCACCCCACAAAUUUGCUUGCUGUUAUUGAAAGGAGAAAUGAAUUUGCUCGAAAGCUGGCUAAGGAAUUUUUGCUCGACUUGCAGAGUGGAUCGUUAGAUUUAGGACCUGGAGUUACUGCUUCAUCUUCAAACAAAUCUGGGCAGACAAGUAAUCCCAAUUCUGAAGAUGAAUUAGAUAUGGGUGGCAAAAGAAGACGUCAUGGCCGGGUUUCAGCAAAAGAUUCUGAUCCGUUAUCAGCUGCUCCGAAGGCUCACCCAGUCAGUUAUGAACCCAGGCGGAUACAAGCUGAUGUUGAACAAGCACAAGCACUUGUUAAGAAACUGGACUUGGAGAAAGGAAUAGAAGAUAAUAUAUUAUCUAGGGCUGAUAAUGAUAGAACACACAGAGAAAAGUCUCAUGGUGGCUCCAGUGGCCCAGUUGUUAUUAUACGUAGUUUAGCCUCAGUCAAAGGUCUUGAGGGUGUUGAGUUACUCGAUACACUCAUUACUUAUCUUUGGCGCAUUCAUGGUGUGGAUUACUAUGGACUGGCUGAGAGAAGUGAUGCCAAGGGUUUACGGCAUGUGAGGGCGGAAUCCAAAAAUUCUGAUGCAAAAAAUAAUGGAACAGAGUGGGAAAAAAAAUUAGAUUCGCGUUGGCAGGAAAGAUUGAAGGGUCAAGAUCCCUUGGAGAUAAUGACUGCAAAGGAAAAGAUAGAUGCUGCUGCAGCCGAGUCAUUGGAUCCCUAUGUUCGCAAAAUUCGGGAUGAGAAGUAUGGUUGGAAGUAUGGUUGUGGGGCGAAGGGUUGCACAAAGCUAUUUCAUGCUGCCGAGUUUGUUCACAAGCAUUUGAAGCUGAAACACCCUGAACUUGUGAUGGAGUUGACUUCUAAAGUUCGUGAAGAUCUGUAUUUCCAAAACUAUAUGAAUGAUGAAGAUGCACCUGGUGGGAUACCUAUUAUGCAGCCUUCGUUACCGAAGGAGAAAGGACAGAGGCGUAGAGGUGGUGUUGAUAAUCGAAUGAAAGAAGAGAGAGGUAACCGCAGAGAAUAUGAUGGCAGAAGCAAUAAUGGAGGUGAAAGAUUUGAGAAUACAGAGUCGAACAAUGAUGACGAACAACAGAUGUAUGAUUCUUACCCAUUCCCUUCGGACAUACCUCCUCCUCCAGUAUUGAUGCCGGUACCUGGUGCUGGUCCAUUGGGUCCUUUUGUUCCUGCUCCUCCUGAAGUUGCAAUGCGGAUGCUGCGAGACCAGGGGGGACCUUCUUCUUUUGAAGGUGGCAGCAGAAAUGGGCCCCAGAUGGGUGGUGGUGGUGGUGGUGCUCCAAUAAUUGCGCUACCUCCAUCAUUUAGACAAGAUCCCCGUCGUUUACGAAGUUACCAAGAUCUUGAUGCUCCAGAGGAUGAGGUAACGGUCAUAGACUACAGGAGCCUGUAGGCCGAUUUUGUGGGUGGCUCCAUCUCAGCACAUCUACUUUCUUAAGAAGAAAGUUUGGAACUUGUAUUUCUUGGUGAAGGAGAUGAAAAAAAAAUGGAUGGAUGAUUUCAAUUAUUUUUGGGAGUUGGGUUGGGUUGGGUUGGGUGUUUGUUACUAAUGGAUUUGCAAUUGCACGAUUGAUGAUGAACAUGAGAUUUUGGUGGUGGUUACAUUUUUAU